UCGGUUUCACAACGAUCAGUGUUUUAGCACAGCUGAAUACGAGCUGAUCGGCGGCUCGGACGAAUAAAUUAAAUCGAAUUAAAUAAUCCCUCAAGGAACAGUAGAUAAGAAAGAUGGCGAACAAAGCCAUUGUCUUUAUCCUCCUAGCGGCGUCCCAGCUCCUGGCAGCCCAAACCUACGACUGGAAUGAGAACCAAAAUCAGCACCAAAAUCCGUUCCAAAAUCCGUACCCAAAUCAAUACCAAAAUCGGGCAUCGCAGCUGCAGGGACAACAGCAGUACCCUUCGGGCCAACACCACUUCAACCAGCAGGACGUACAGAUCGGUCCAAGAUCCGGGGUCGGACAGGAUACGCAAAAGCCAAUUAGGGAUCCCCAGAUAGAUGUGGUAGAAAUGGGUAGGGCGCCGGCGCCUGCCCCCGUGGCCGCCACCCGCCCUCCGGCCACCACCAACUACAUGGACCGCUUUAGCUCAAAGCUCUUCCAGAAGAUCGCUACAGGAGGCGCGCGACGUAACAUGGUCUACUCCCCUAUCUCCGUGCACGCUAUGAUGUGCCUUAUCGCCGGAGCGUCGGAGGGCAAAACCUUGUUGGAGCUGCAGGAAGUCGGGGAGUUCAGUGACAAGAUGGCCGCGGCCGUGGACUUUAAGGAUCUGAUCGACUACAAGAAGGGUCUGGGAAAUGCCGAGCUGACCAUGGCCACCAAGGUCUAUUACAACCGUCAGCUAGGCGGUAUUAAUCCGAGCUUCACCCCAUACUCUGAGUUCUACUUCCGAGCCGGCAUUCAGCCAGUGGACAUGAACCAGGGCAAGGACUCCGCCGACCAGAUUAAUGCAUGGGUCAAGGACCAAACACGGGGCAAGAUCCAAAACUUGAUCUCAUCCUCAGACCUGGACUCCCAGACGCAGGCCCUGCUGGUGAACGCCAUCUACUUCAGGGGUCUCUGGGAGAACGAAUUCGCCACAAUGGAUACUCUGUCCCACCAGUUCCAGCACUCCGAUGGCAGCUCCUCCAACGUGGCCAUGAUGUACAACGAAGGUCCUUAUGGCCUGGCCGACAUUCCCCAGCUGGAUGCCUCCGUUCUGGAGCUGGCCUACAAAAACAGUGGCACCAGCAUGUUCAUUCUACUGCCCAAGCAGCGCAAUGGCCUGGCGUACCUUGAGAGCCAGCUGGCCAGGCGCGAGUUCGAUCUUAACAAGAUUGCCUCCCGUGUGCAAAACCAGACCGUCACCGUGCGAAUCCCCAAGUUCCAAUUCGAGUUCGAGCAGGACAUGACUGUUCCCCUGAAGGAGCUUGGCGUCCGGCAGAUGUUCACGCCCCAGGCCCAGAUUGUCAAAAUGCUGGACAGGAAGGUGCAAGUGGAGAAGAUCCUACAGAAGGCCUUUAUCGAUGUGAACGAGGCGGGAACCGAGGCCGCGGCAACAACAUUUGCCAAGUUCGUACCCCUGUCGCUGCCUCAGAAGACCCCGGAGUUCACAGCCGACCAUCCGUUUGUCUUCGCCAUCCGCACCGCCAGCUCUGUGCUGUUUAUGGGUCGGGUAGAGCACCCAACACUGAUGGCCCCGGGCACCGACGCACUCAGCAAGGCCACCCUCAGCCCCAUGUACAACAAGAGCAAAAACGAGAACAUGACCUGGAGACUACUUCCCGCCCUGCUCGUGGCUCUGGCCUUAGCUCCGUCGCUGCCAGUCGACGCCCGGUUCUCGGCCAGCUCGAACCACCGAUUCGGUCUGCGCCUCAUCACCAAGCUGGGAUUGGAUCAGCAAGAUGCCAAUGUGGUCGUCUCUCCCUUGAUAGUCCAGACACCUCUGGGCCUGCUCUACGCGGGCAGCACUCCGGGUCCUGCAAGGGAGGAGCUCCGUCAGGCCCUGGAGCUGCAGUACGCCGGCAGCCCAGCUGAAGCAAUCCAAGACAUCCAGAAUAUGCUGACCCACCUCAAGCAGUCCGCGGCUGUCGGGUGUCGGUUGCGGUUGCUCAGCGACUUUUACACCCAGCAGCGCUUCACCUUCAGCUUCCGCGACGAGUUCGAGGCCCAAGCCUCUCGCCUCGGAGUCGGUUGCCAUCGCCUGGCCUGGGAGAGUGCCUCAAAGGCGGCCCAAGACAUCAACUACGAGUAUCUUAGCCGCAGCAACUUUAGCCUAGGGGAGCUGGUCAGUGAAUCGCAGCUAGAGUCUCUGUCCGAGCACGGCACUCCCUUCUUACACGUCUCGGCGCUGACAUUCCGUGCUCCCUGGGCGCAGGCCUUUGAUCCGGCGGAGACGCAGAGCAUCAAUUUCUUCGCAUUGGGCAACCGGCCCAGGCUAGUGGAUGCCAUGUUCGGUAUUCAUCGCUAUAAGUACGCAGAAGUACAGGCCCUAGAUGCCCAGCUGAUCGAGGUGCCGUUUGCCACAGCCGAUCUGCGGUUGCUUGUCAUCUUCCCGAAUCGCGCCGACGGAUUGGCCCAUCUGGAGAGGAAGUUGGCACAGUCCGACUUGCAGCAGCUGAGGGAGCAGUUAGAGGAGCGGAAGGUGGCCCUUACCCUGCCCAAGUUUAGGGUCCUGGUUCACUCCCAGCUAACGGCAGUGCUAAAGGAGGUGGGCCUGGCCAAGCUCUUCACCUCGGAGAUCCAGCUGAGUGAGGUAUUUAGCUCUCUCCUGUCCAGCUCGGCUCCCCCCUUGGGAGCGGUGGUGCAGAGCAGCCUGCUUCAGAUCCAGGAGGAAGGCGGCAGCGCCGGCGAUCCAUUCUCCUUUGGGGAUCUGUUUCGACGAGCCCUGCCCCUGGUCAUCAAUCACCCGUUCUUCUACGCCAUCGGCAAUGACAAGACCCUGCUGCUGGCCGGCCACAUCAUUCACCAGCGGCAAGCCAAAGCUGUCUGUUUUCGGGGCCGAGAGUUGCGUCGUCCGAAUGCGACCUGGAGCAGCCUCCAGAGCCACUCGGCGGCCGCCUCGAUUUCAGUUCACAUUCCGACGAGCUCGGAGAAGUCCCAAGUGCUGCGAAUCAAGCGGACCAGGAGACGCCCAUCGGCUAUUUACGCGACGACCAUGGCUGUCAUCAUCAGCUGCCUAUUACUACUCCUGGCGACAGUGUCGCAGGCCAAAACCACCGGCUAUGACGCCGCCGUCGACCGCAAUUUGCUGGCCGCCGACCUCUACAACGCCGUAGCUGCCGACCGUCUAAACGAGAACCUGGUCAUCUCGCCGGCCACGAUCCAGAGCUCCAUGGCACUGGCUUUCGUGGGGGCCAAGGGUCAGACCGCCUCAGAGCUGCAGCAGGGCCUGCGUCUGGGGCCCGGGGACGCGGACGCCGUUAGCCAGCGUAGUGGCAGCCACCAGCAGUCCCUGACCCGUGACAACAACUUCCGCCUGGCCAACAACAUCUACAUUAACGAGAACCUGGAGUUCAAGGGCUCCUUCCGCGACGUGGCCCAGCGCCAGUUCGACUCGAACAUCGAUAAGUUAGACUUCCAUCCGCCGUACAACAAGCGCACGGCGGACGCCAUCAAUCGAGCGGUAGCCACCAAGACCAAUGGCAAAAUCACAGAUAUCCUGCGCUCUGAGCUGCUUAACGAUCGCACCGAGGGCGUGAUCGUCAACGGAGUCUCAUACUCUGCAGCCUGGCAGAAGGCCUUCCGUCUGGACAAGACUGAGAAGCGUUCCUUCCGCACUGGCAACGGGCAGUCCGUGAAGGUGGACACCAUGUGGACUCUGCAAAACUUCAACUACGCCGAAGUUCGUUCCCUGGACGCCAAGGUCGUGGAGCUGCCCUACCAGAACGCCGACUUCUCCAUGCUCCUGCUGUUGCCGAACCGCAAGGAUGGACUCAGGUCCCUGCAGCAGUCCCUGGCGGGCAAGAAUCUCUUGGCCGAGAUCGGGGGCAUGAGCCAGCAGAAGGUGGAGGUGCUGCUGCCCAAGUUUAGCGUGACCUUCGGCGUGGGAUUGGAGGGUGCCUUUAAGCAGUUGGGCGUCCACACAAUGUUCUCGAGAGAUGGCGACUUUGGCAACAUGUACCGAAUGUUCGUUAGCCAUUUCAUCAACGCUGUGGAGCACAAGGCCAACGUGGAGGUGACAGAGGCUGGUGUGGAACAGCCCCUGGAAACUGGAGUGCUAAAGGGUCUCUUCUCGCGAUCCAAGAAGUUCGAGGCGGACCAUCCUUUUGUGUUUGCCAUCAAGUACAAGGACUCGAUCGUUUUCAUUGGACACAUUGCCAACUACGCCUAUGUCUAGACUCCAAAGACAUUAGCCAAAGUGCUAAUUCUUCUGUCAACUCGAUGUUUAAAACAGUGAAAUAUCAAUAAAUUUCAGGCAUAUAAAAAAUAA